CCUAAUGUUUUAGGGAUAAGGCGUAUUGGCAGGAGGCCUGAUCAGCAGCAGCAGCAACAGCAGCAGCAGCAGGGUGAAGGCAAGCCCAUCGAGAGGAGACCAGAGAGACGACCUCCUCGAGAACGCCGAUUUGAUAAACCUGCUGAUGAGAAGGGCGAAGGAGGAGAAUUUUCUGUUGAUAAACCCAUUCUUGACCGACCUAUGCGUGGACGUGGUGGACUUGGAAGAGGACGUGGACGCGGACGUGGAAUGGGCAGAGGAGAUGGGUUUGACUCUCGCGGCAAACGUGAAUUUGACAGGCAUAGUGGCAGUGAUAGAUCCGGCCUAAAGCAUGAGGACAAGCGUGGUGGCAGUGGAUCACACAACUGGGGAACCGUCAAAGACGAGCUAACUGAAUUGGAUCAGUCGGCUGUAACUGAGGAAACGCCGGAAGGAGAAGAACAUCCACCUGUUGAUUCUGAAAAUAAAGAGAAUGAGGUUGAAGAAGUUAAGGAAGAAGGUCCUAAAGAAAUGACCCUGGAUGAAUGGAAAGCUAUUCAAAGUAAGGAUCGUGCAAAAGUCGAAUUCAACAUCCGUAAACCAAAUGAGGGUGCUGAUGGGCAAUGGAAAAAAGGAUUUGUUCUUCACAAGUCAAAGAGUGAGGAGACAAAGGCGAUGACAGAAAUGCAGGGGAGUCUGCUGGAGUCAAAUGAGGCUCACGCUGAAGACUCGGUAAUGGAUCAUCACUUCCGUAAACCAGCAAAUGAUAUCACGUCCCAGCUGGAGAUCAACUUUGGAGACCUUGGCCGCCCCGGCCGUGGCGGCAGAGGGGGUCGGGGUGGCCGAGGGCGUGGUGGCAGGGCCAGCCGUGGAAGCAGAACUGACAAGUUGGUUAAGGAGUUUGACGUGAUCCACACACCCAACCAGUCAAGUGCUUCUGCUCCUGAUGUAGAUGACCCAGAGGCUUUCCCAGCUCUGUCCUAAACUGGAUGUCAUAAGCCAACCCUGCCCUCACUGGGCCUUCCUCUCCGAGGCUUGCAUGCUUAAGGAUCCUAAACAACUAAGAAAUUUAAAAAGGAGACUGUCAUUCAUACCAUUCACACCUAAAGACUGAAUUUUAUCUGUUUUGAAAAUGAACUUCUCUCGCUACACAGAAGCAACAAUAUGGUAGUCAGUUUUGUAUUUAGAAAUGUAAUGGUAGCAGGGAUGUUUUCAUAAUUUUUUCAGAGAUUAUGCAUUCUUCAUGGAUACUUUUUUGUAUUGCUGCUUGAAAAUAUGCGUUUCCAAACUUGAAAUAUAGGUGUGAACAGUGUGUACCAGUUAAAAGCUUUCACUUCAUUUGUGUUUUUUAAUUCAGGAUUUUAGACAUUUUCCCCAAACUACAAACUGGUUUUUAAUUAUUGCACACUAUUUCUGUUUCCUUAAUACCUAUUUAGGAGAUUUUUAUCAGCCCGUGGUCUUUUGGAAUAUGUAAGAUUUAAUUUGGCAGACUGUUAGUACUGUGUGGAAUACUAACUCCUGGAAGUUCUUUAAUUUAGUUUUAAUACUUAAUUUCAAACUUGGAAAAACAGUCAUUUUUCAUCUAUGGUAGUUUGUUUACACAAAAUCUUUAUACAAAAUUGAUAUCAAAUACUUGAAAAGAUAUUCAAAGCACAUUGGUUUAUAGUUAAUACCUGUGUAUUCAUCCAGCAGUGAUGUGUGGAUAAUUGGUCUAAACAGUUUUUUUUAAUUAUGUAUUACACUUUUCACUCACCCUUUUCACCUUUAUUCCCUCCUUCUCCCUAAAACCAAACUAGAUGCUUUGUUGGCAAAAAAAAAAAAAAA